CCACGCGGGGGAAAUCAUGACCAAAUCCAAAGCGAGCGCGCACUCGCAACGAUGGUUGCAGCCGCCUUGGCCCCUGUUUACGACCGAGAGCGCGAGAGCGCCGCUUGACGCGGACCUGUUUUCGCGUACUUCCACGGCUGAGCCGCUGUGAUCCAGUAUAUUUGCUAUAUAUACACGUCGUUUCAGGUGCCCGGUGAAACACAACGCGUUUUUUUUUAACAGUCGGAGAAUCUUUUUUUUAGGAGAGCCUUCCGCCGCCUACUCCAUUGGGGCCCGAAGAAGUCGCGGAGCUUCCACAUCCCGAAGGCAGCGAGCUUGAGAGAGGCCAGCGGCUCCCAGUGUAGCCCGCAUCUGUCGGUGCUGCACCUAGCAAGGUGGGGUGGGGGCGUGGGGGUACGAUAGCAUCCCUCUAUCCCUGCGUACCCCUCCCUCUCCCCCUUAUUCUGCCUCUCUCAUACCAUCAUACACCAAAGCUACGGGGGUCUCGUCCAGCCGGGGACCAAGAAAGGGGGAGAAGGAGGAGGCGGAGGGACGGGGACUGAGGCUAGUUGUGGCGCUCUCUCCGCGUGGGAAGGCCGGCCCGAAGCGCCCCUCUGUCGGAGGAUGUUGGAGGAGUAGUGCGUCUCAGAGCGGAAGAUGGGGAAGGACCAGGAGCUGCUGCAGGCGGUGAAGACCGAGGACCUGCUCACCGUGCAGAAGCUGCUGCAAAGGCCCCGGCCAGGGAAAGCAAAGUUGCUGGGAUCUGCAAAGAAAGUGAACGUUAACUUCCAGGAUACAGAUGGAUUUUCCCCUCUGCAUCAUGCAGCCCUCAAUGGGAAUAUGGAGCUUAUCACGCUGUUGCUGGAGUCACAGGCAGCAGUUGACAUCAGAGACCAGAAAGGAAUGCGACCACUGCACUACGCAGCCUGGCAGGGGAAGGCCGAGCCCAUGAAGAUGCUCCUGAAGUCUGGUUCAUCCGUCAAUGUCCAAUCAGACGAAGGACAGAUUCCUCUCCAUCUGGCAGCGCAGCAUGGCCAUUAUGAUGUGUCUGAAAUGCUGCUGCAGCACCAGUCCAACCCGUGCAUUGUGGAUAAUGCUGGCAAAACACCUUUGGACCUCGCCUGUGAAUUCGGCAGAGUUGGGGUUGUCCAAUUAUUGCUGUCGAGUAACAUGUGCGCCGCUCUGCUGGAACCGAAGAAAGGAGAUACCACGGAUCCCAAUGGGACGUCUCCUCUACACUUGGCUGCCAAGAAUGGACACAUCGAUAUAAUCAGACUGUUGAUCCAGUCGGGAAUAGACAUCAACCGACAGACCAAAGCAGGUACUGCCCUGCAUGAGGCUGCCUUGUGCGGCAAGACUGAGGCAGUGAGACUCCUGCUGGAAAGCGGUAUCAAUGCCACGGUGAGAAACACCUACAGCCAGACUGCGCUGGACAUUGUGUAUCAGUUCACUGCAACUCAAGCAAGCAAAGAGAUCAAGCAGCUACUGCGGGAUGCGUCAGCUGCUCUUCAGGUUCGGGCUUUGAAAGAUUACUGCAACAAUUAUGACUUAACCAGCCUCAACAUCAAAGCAGGGGAUGUCAUUACGGUGUUGGAGCAGCAUACUGACGGACGGUGGAAAGGCUGUAUCCAUGACAACCGAACAGGAAAUGAUAGAGUGGGCUACUUCCCCUCCACCAUGGUGGAGGUCAUCAGCAAACGAACAGGUUUGGCCAGCACAGUCAUUUGCACUCAACAGUUUCAAAAGAUACCGCUGGUUGCCCCGGCGACGGUUGCCCCCGCCAACGUGGUAGUCAACGGCAACGACACCACGUUCCAUCAGAUCCAUAUCCUGCCUCCACCGCCUCCUCCACCACCACAUUCCCAUCAGCCACUGCUUCCACUUUUCACUUCCUUUGGCUAUAACAGGUCGCCCGUGACAACCCCACAGGGAGACACCCCCACUGCCCCAGGUUGUCGUGGCUCAGAGGCAAGUCCUCACAGCUCCCCCACCACGUCCUGUGGGCCCCACGGAGGCUCCAGUGAAGAGAUCUGGGUACUGCGCAAGCCUGUGGCAGGAGGAGACCGCAGCAGUUUAGGGAGUUCUAGCAGUGUGACUAGUGUGAGGUCAUCAGGCAGUGGUCAGAGUGCUGGAAGUGCUGCACACAUCCUCCAUGCACAGGCUGAAGGGGUGAAGCUUCUAGCCACAGUCUUGUCACAGUCAGCCAAAGCCAAGGAACAUCUGCUGGAGCAGUCCAAGUCUGUAGACCAGCCUGCAGUAGGUUCUGCCAGUUCUUCUCGGACAUCGAGCCUAUCAGGCUGCCCUCUCCACGAAGCGCCGCCUUAUGAUGCCGCAGCAAACAGGAAGGGGGAGGCGACGGGCGAGGGGAAGAGCUCAGAGGCAGUUGUCCAAUGGCUGAGCGACUUUCAGCUGCAGGUCUACGCUCCCAACUUCCUGGGUGCUGGGUAUGACUUGCCCACAAUUAGCCGAAUGACCCCCGAGGAUCUGACAGCCAUUGGAAUAACAAAACCAGGUCACAGAAAGAAAAUGGCAACAGAGAUUAAUAAACUGAGUGUCACUGAGUGGCUGCCUGAGCAGAAGCCUGCCAGUCUUGGAGAGUGGUUGUGUGCAAUUGGUCUAAGUCAGUACCACCAAGUAUUAGUCCAGAAUGGUUACGAAAACAUCGACUUCAUCACGGACAUCACUUGGGAGGACCUACAGGAAAUUGGUAUUACCAAACUGGGUCAUCAGAAGAAGCUUAUGUUGGCGGUUAAGCGACUGGCUGAAAUGCAGCGCAACUCGGAUGGGCGGGGCUCCCUCAGAAAGAAGCCUCCACCAAUCACUCAGCAGCAGGAAGUGAUGUCAAUUGAAAGCCCGCCCCCGGAUGAUGUGAUGUCUCCAAAAAUGAGCACCUUCCAGGACAGUGAGUUGAGUAGGGAGCUGCAAAAUGCCAUGACCCAUCCAGGUCAGGAGGUCAAAUCUCAGCCACCGCGCAUUCUCAACAAGGAUCCUGAUGAUGUGAACUCUGGAGGAGGAGGACCACCGAAGAAAGAGGCAAGGACAAUGAGGCAACAGAGCAGCCAGGGUGGCACCACCUCCCACAGGAGCAGCGUGUCUUCUCAAGGCAAACACCGUCACUCCCACUCGCAGCCUGCACCACCCUACACACCACCUCACACUCCAACCAAGACCAGGACCUCAUCAUCUUCUUCCACCUCCUCCAUCCAGAGUACAUCCUCUCCCCAGUCCAAACAUAGAGUGUCCCCCCAGUUCAUCCAAGGUGAAACACCUCUGUCACCACACUCGCACACCCCUCAGUCUCCAAAACAUUGUGGAGCGCCAUUGCAGUCCCCGCAACAGAAUCAAAUACACCAUCAGAACCACCCACAUGAGGUUGGGGAUUGUGCACAAGCACAGGUCCCACUGCUCUGCCUCCCACCAGAGGCUGAGCUUGGAGAUAGCGAUGCAGCAGACCCCUCAACAAUGCAAAAAAAGCGAGCCAACAGUCUCAACCGCCAUGCUGCUUCAGAUGGCGAGUGUGAUGACCGAACAGGGGGAGGAAGAGGACAGAGUGGGGAAGAACAGAUCACCUCAGACCAUGGCUCAAACAUUAGAGCAGAAGGUGUUAAAUAUGCCACGGUUACCCAUCGUGUCAGCCGCAGCCAUUCUGUGCGCAACCAGGACAAAACCGUUACUCGCAACCAACCGCAGUCCAUCACUCUGCGCCAAAAGAAAAAAGGGCCACCUCCGCCACCUCCAAAACGCUCUAGCUCUGCAAUAUCAACCUCAAACUCUAACCUGACAGAAGGGAAUACACCCCUCCAAGUGCUGACUACCACCGAUGGGAUGCUGGAUGUGCCUUACCACCAACAACGGCGGGCCAGUGACUUGGGAGUAUCUGUUGAAACAGGAGCUGUCGAAACAAACAGCAUGGGAAGUGUGAGGAGCAUUGCUGCCAUGCUGGAAAUGUCAUCCAUAGGAGGUGGAGCCAAAGGGAUGGCACUUCAGAAGAACUUUCUGCAGGUCGGGAAAACGCGCGAAACUAUCGGACUGGAUGGGGAAGUUGUGAACCGACGACGGACCAUUAGUGGGCCAGUCACUGAGCUGGUGGCAGCGGCAAGGCGUGAACAGCCAACACUUUCUGUCGUCUCCCAGCCUGAAUCCUUCCCGCUCCCGGUAACUUCGUCCUCCUCCAAUCCAAGCCCUGGAGGAAGCGGCAGUUCUUCCGAAAAUCUGCCAUUUGCCGAGGAGGGAAGCCUGACUAUCCGGCGACAAGUUCGAGGAGAAGGACAGUGUGUAUUUUGUGUCUGUCUGCAGGGUGACGGCGAGGCAUCCCAGGGAGAUGGUGGAUACACUCAGGAAGACAUCGCCCGGGUAGAAGCCACUGCGACCUUAAAGCGACGGCCCCGCAGCGCCAAGACUCACCCCAACGGAUCAGGCUUCACCCUCCAGGAGUCGUCUACCGUCAAACGGAGGCCCAAGAGUCGUGACAAGGAGCCAGAGGGCUACACAGACCUCGCAGUUCGCAACGGAGAAACCGCAGGUAGCGUACCGCUAAACACCACACAGCCAGUACCUUACGAGAACGGGACAGCCACCGUUAAACGUCGCCCGGUGUCUGACGCCGGGGUGACGGAGCAGCCACAACAGCAACCUCCAGCCCAACCACAAACUCAACCACAAUCCCAAGUGACUGCUGCUCCUCGAACGGACAGUUUAGACAAAGGAGUUCCAUUGGGAAGUGAAGAAGUUCAACCGAAAAAGCCAAAACCCCCCGUCUCCCCGAAGCCAGCUGUGGCACAGAUCAAGAGACAAGGAGGCCCACAGAACAGCCCACAGGCGGCCUGUAACAAGAGAGUCCCUUUGCCGGGACCGGGGACACCUGGCAGUCCAGUGGAAGGCAAAAAGAUCCCUCCUCCUGUCUCGCCAAAACCUGCCCCCCCACCCACGGCCCCUAAGCCAGCCAAGGUGCUCCCCUCCAUGACCAGCCCCCCUUCCCCGACUCCGGUCACCCCUCCGGCAAAAUUACACCCUGCGGUGACCCGGCAGACCAGCUCGCCACCCUCACUCCCCAACUCCAACACUCCCAGUCCUCCAAACGUGAAGUUACCAAGCCCGUCCGCACAAAGUCCACACACCCCGCACACCCCACAGACGCCCACCACGCCGCUGACUCCUCAGACCCCAGCCACACCCAGCCCGCCGGUCAAGCCUCCUCGCUCCUCCAUCGGGGGUGUUUCUGUUGACAGCGGGAUGACGGCGGUUGGGAUGAAUACGCUGGUCUCCGCGACGACAGACUUUGGUGUGGAUUCUUUGGUGCAUCAGAAGUUGGAUGAGACGAGCGCGUCGCUCGCUGCUGCCCUGCAGGCUGUGGAGGACAAAAUACUGCGGCAGGAGGAUUCCGUGACAGAGCAGAAGACCACCGUGAGCAUCCUCGACGACAUCGGCAGCAUGUUCGACGACCUGGCCGACCAGUUGGACGCCAUGUUGGAGUAACCGCUCAGCACGUCGACGUGGCGACACUGCACCCCGAAGUGACUCAGAUGGCACAAUGGGCAAUUUGGCUCUCCCGUCUCUUUCUAGUCAUCCUUCGCUCAUGGAUUUUGCAAUCUUCCCGUCUUCGGCGUUAUCUGUGUGUCCGGCGCUGCUCUAGGAAACCUCUUAUCCUCUUCUGCAGGCACAGCAAUGACAAUAAAGAGCGAGAGGAGGGGGGGGGGACCAAUAGACAGGAAUAAAAAGAGCAACAAAGAGAGGGAGCCUGCAAUCCAAAUAGAGAUGUGAACAACAACAACAAGAAAUAAAAAGCUUAGCUAAUAGUGAUUGAAAAAGCAACAGUGUGAUGAACCAUUGUAUGGUAUGUGUACAUUCUAAGCAUGGAGAGUUUAUAUCUACAGAAAAAGUCCUGCAUUAGCACAGUAAUAUAUAAUCAUCGCCAGAAAAUGAGGAAUCUCUCACUCUUUGGAUUGAUGUCUUGGUUCUGUGUGGAAUUCUGACCUCUGGUGUUUUGACCAUGUAAAAUGAUGUAAUCUGUGACCAAAACCGGACCAUUCAGCUCUGAAGUGUGUGUGUGUGUGUGUGUUGUGUGUGUGUGUGUGUGUGUGUGUGUGUGCGCGUGUGUGUGUGCGUGUGCGUGUGUGAGGGAGGGAGAUGGGUGAAAAAAGACAGGUGUGCAUGUGUGUAUUUGGGUUUGACUGUUAACUUCUGGUUUCCUUUGCAUCACCUUUAACACACACACAUGCAAACGUGGAGAAGCACAAUGGCCCAUGUGGUUAGCUCUCUAUCACACACACACACACACACACACACGAGCCUGCACAAUCUACAGAAGGAUGUGAGUGACGGGAAUUGGGAGCUACCGCAAGUGUUCUGCAAAAAAUAAAUGUUAGGUUUUUACAAAUGAGGGAUUCCAAGAAGCAUUUAAAAAAUACAAAGUGCUUAGUUCAAAGCCUGUGAGGUUAAAAAAAAAAAAAAAAAAAAAAAGCAGCACAGUCCCUGUGGAGCUUCAGCCACAGUUUCACAUCAUUUCCGAUCCCUGCUGCUGUUUUCUAUACAGAAGGACGAGCUUGUGGCUAGCUUGUACGCAGAGAAACAUGCGUUUUGCUAGCUAUUUUCCGUAAGACAACAUUAAAUUGAUGGUAAUAAAUGUCACCUUUGCUACAUACACACCUUGAUAUAUCUCUGGGGAGGAGUCACUACAAGUGCCAAUUCAUCUUUGUGACCAAAUUGGCUGUCUGCAUCACUGCUAUGGGAAUCCUCUAAAGGCCCAGAAUGACAUUGUAGUAUUGUACCAUUAUUAACUGUAAAUGCAUAUCAGAAUUGAUGUAGUUGAGGCAAGCAUUCCAAGACCUUUUAUUUGCAUCUUCUACUUUAUCGUAAAAUGUCUUAGCUACUUUAAAUCAAUGUGAAAAAUGGAAACUUCCAGGAGAGGCUGAAUACCAUUAGAAUGCACACUCUUGAACCAACUUUUGAUCUUUGUUAAGAAGAAGUGUUUAAGCCAACAUUGACUCUUUGGGUAACAUUGGUGAUGUAAAUAUAUUUAAUGCCACUGUUGAUUUCAUUAUUUCAUCCAUCCAUCCAUUUUCUUUGACGCUUAUCCUCACGAGGGUCCCUCUAAGUGCUCCAUUUCCGUAGACAGCUCAUCUAGGGUAGGAAGCAAAUUCUGCCAGAUUGUGAUUUUCCAAGAUGGGUGUUCUGGCGCAAGGAGUGUGGGUCCUGAGAGAUGGCCAUAGUGGAGUGACAAAUUAGUGGCAAAAAGUCGGUCUAAACUUACGCCUCUCUAGCGCAAACUGCUCUACUGUAAUGUGAUCUUAUUAAACUUAAGGAGCCAAUAGUUGUCACCUACUGGUACAAUCCACAUGGAUGACUGCAAUCACACAUUUUCCACUUGAGAUGUCUCCAUCGCCACUGGUAGUUGUGCCACAUUCAUACAUACAAUGAGAGGAGCCCUUUUGAUUGGCAGUGACUAAACGUGGGUGUAAACACUCCCACAAUGAUGACCACUGACAGCCUCAGAUGCACGGGCUUGCUCUCACCUACGAAAAUCCCAACACCGAGCUAACCUGCCCCUGGCACACGUUUGCGCCGCCUGCCCCCCUUUGACGAAAUAGACCCCUUGAUGUUUUCCUCUCGGAGACAAACUUUCUUUUAAGCAAGCACUCGCCCUGAGUUGCCAUGACAAUCUGCUUUAUCUUCAUCAUUCCCACCAUCUCCAUUGGAGUUGCUAUGGUUACUGCACAAUGUGUCGCAACAAGAGUGUGUUGAUUAGUAGAGAAAUGUGUUAAGAUAGAGUGAGAGGCAGCAGAGAUCGGCGAAGAUGGAUGGUUUCUUUGAGCAAGAUUAAAGACGUACUCUCUGAUGCAACUGACUAUACAUCGACUAUAUAUAUAUAUACAAAAUAAUUUUUGGGUGCGUGUGGUGCAAAAUAAUUCACUUGCUGUGUAAAUCUGAUGGGAGUACGGCUUUAAAUUGCUCAAUCCAACCCGAAACUGCAUCCAAGCCAAAUCUUAAUGGUCCCAAAGCAGCCACUCUCCUUAUUCAGAGAAUAAUUGUGCUAUUUAAAUCACAUAGAGAUUCUAAUAUAUAUAUAUAUAAUAUAAAUAUAUGGAUAUUUGCAACAAAAAUAGAAUUGUAUUUAUGAUGUAUGUGUCAACCUGAAGACUAUUUUUCAAAGUUAACUGAUCUAAUCUGAGUGUUGAAUCAAGUUGCUUGUCCAUGCUUGAAUGGUGCGAUCUGAUGAGUUGUCGUUUGGUUCCUUGUUGGGAUGUCGUUUUUGCCUAUAUGUAUUCUAUUGUCCCACUGUAGCGACAUGUGUAUAAUAUAAGCAACACUUCUUUAAUGAAUUUCAUGAAUGGCAGUUGUUUUUCCUUUGAAACAUGUGCCUUGCUUUUGUGUUUUUGCUCUGACUUUUAUUACACUAUAUGCGCAUAAGAACCAUACGCCCGUGUUAAAUUUACAUGUCAGCCUCUCACUUUUUCCGAUACAAUAUUCGACGAGACCAUGAUGACAAAAAUGAACUCUUUCACCUUUAGCAACUAAUUUAUUCCAUUCUAUUUGAGGGUCACUUCACCUUUGAAAAAAAUGUGUCCCAGAGUAAACAUAAAUGACGGAAUCACCAGUAAGUAUGUUGACCGCCUUUGGCAUCCCAAACAUUUUAAUUUUCCUAAAUGUAUGAUAUUGAUUU